AUGUGGCUUCAAUGCAAACCUUGUAAUAUAUGUUACAACCAAACCUCUCCUAUAUUUAAUCCUUCAAAAUCUUCAAGUUACAAAAAUAUUCCAUGUUCUUCUAGAACAUGUAAAUCUGUGGAAGAUACUACUUGUUCUUCUGAUAAAGAUACAUGUGAAUAUACUGUUGACUAUGGUCAUGGAACAAAGACAAAAGGAGCUCUUAGUAUGGAGACUCUUACAUUGAGUUCUACCUCAGCCUCUAUUGUCUCGUUUUCUAAAAUUAUGAUAGGAUGUGGACAUGCAAAUACUUUAUCCUAUGAGUAUAAAGGUCCAAGCUCUGGUGUAAUUGGCUUUGGUAAGGGUCAUAUGUCAAUUGUAAAACAAUUAGGAUCUUCAAUUGAAGAAAAAUUCUCGUAUUUUUUAAUUGAUAAGUAUAGUAGCAAGUCUAAUAUAACAAGCAAACUCAAUUUUGGAGAUGCAGCUAUUGUUACGGGUGAUGACGUUGUUUCAACUCCUAUGGUCGAAAUAAUAGAAAACCACCAAGAAGACUAUUACAACCUAAAUUUAAAAGCAUUUAAUAUGGGAAAUAAAAGAAUAAAAUAUAGAGGGUUUAAACCUAAAGGAACAAAUGCCUCUACGCAAAAUGUCGUCAUUGACACUGGUACACCUGUAACUAUGCUUCCACGUUAUUUUUGCCAUAGAUUGGAAUCGGUGGUGAAAAAAGUGGUAAAAUUAAAAAGAUUUCAAGAUGAUACUGGUACGUAUAACCUUUGUUAUAAUACCACAUCCCAACAAUCAAAUUUUCCUAUAAUUACUGUUCAUUUUAGUGGCGCAUAUAUAAAGUUGGAUUAUAAGGGUGCAUUUGAGGGAUUAAAUGUCUUGCUUUUCGCCCCAAAAAAAAUUAUGGAUUAG